UUAUAUUUUCAAGCGAUUGUUUUGAAUUUGUAAUUUGAUACUCAGAGGCAGAGUGAAAUUUGGUAUUUAAAAUAUCAAGUGAAUAUAAACAUGCGAGGAUUUCUCCGAAGACACAAAUCGACGCGAAAACGAAAGGGCUUGAAUUUGUGGCGAUGUGCUCGCUUUGGAAUUGAAUAUCUCUCUUGAUAAUCUCUGCAUUCUAAAUGGCAUCAUCUGUAGUCCAGGGGGCAGGAUUCGACGAGAACCGUUUCGAUGGUCCUGUAAGCGAUAACUUCAAAUGCACGAUAUGUUUUAACGUCCUCAACGACCCGAAGAGCUGUCAGAAGAACCAACAUUACUUUUGCAACGCGUGUAUCCAUCAAUACGUUCAAGAUUACUCCCAGACUUGUCCUGAAUGUCGACAGGAAUUGACGGUGGAAACGUUGGUCACACCUCCCAGGAUUUUGUUGAAUUGUAUUUCAGAACUUCGCAUCAAGUGUGAUCACGUCAAACGAGGUUGUGCCGACCGAAUUCAACUUGGAAAACUUCAAAAUCAUCUCGAAGAAUGUGGCUUUGCUCCGGUUACGUGUGCAAAUGAUGGUUGUGACGCGGUUGUCAACAAACGAGACAGAAUUCACCACGAGACUGAACUAUGCGAGUUUCGCAGAGUGCAAUGUCAUGAUUGCGAAGAAUUGAGAAAUGAGAUGUCGAGAUUGAGCGAGAAUUUGUGUAAAACUACUGCUGAAAGGCAAGCAAAGUUGGAAGGAAAGCUAGAUCAAGUCACAGCACGGCUUCAGACUAUCGAAGGGAGUGUGUACGCGUUCAAUAUCGCACAGAGCAGUGAAAAUGCGAGACUUGUUCAGGAAAUUUUCGAGAUCAAGGAUGUUAUGAACGAUAUGUUAUAUAAACUGAGCAAUAUCAACAAUGUUGUCUGCCAAAUCCAAGCCUCGGAAAAGCAGAAGAAGCAAAAAAAUGAUGAAGAAGACGCACAGGUCGAGGAAAUGACUGUUACAACACUGAAGCAACGGUGGAACGAGCCUAAAGAAGAGAAGAAAGUGGUUGAAAAGAAAACACAAGAAUUGAGAAGUAAUGAUACCUGUAAUGAGUACAAAUCUCUUGGUGAAAGCUCUGAGGGCACUACCAAGGAAAGCAUGGAGCCUCCUCUUUAUCCUAAAAUGCAGGAGUUUUCUAAAAGGGAAUCUCUGUCUGAGAACGAUGAAUCAGAUGGCGAAUCUUCGUCUGUCUCAUGUGACGAAUCUUUGACUGCUUCAGGCAGAACCGCGUACAAUAAAGAAGAAAAAACGUUGAUGGAAAACAAAACAGAUGACAGUGAUGAUCGGCACGGUUCAACCGACACCGGAGCAAUGGAUUCCAACAAUAUAGGAUGCCAACAAAAUCCGGAGGAUUGUAUUUUAGAAGAUUUCAACCCGAAUCACUUCGCUUGUUUCGAGGGAAGCUCAACUCGUAGGAAAGGCUCGCUAUCCGCACCGCUUAGCAAUGGUGAAGGGGUUAAAUUAGGCACAAAAGUGCUGGUUUGGCUCAAUAAAGGCUAUAGAUCCACUGGAAUAGUUCGAUAUGUUGGAACUUUACCUCCGCCAAUAGCGAAGAUUUGCGUUGGAGUAGAACUCUAUUUUGGAGUCGGUGAAAACGAUGGCGUGUUUAAUGGGCAACGAUAUUUCCAGUGUCAACCGAAGCAUGGCGUUUUUCGUCCCAUUGAUAAAGUGACACCGAUAAAGCGAAACGUAUACAUUGAUGUGUCGUUUGAGCCUUCUUCGAAGAAAUAAAUCAGUUGUAGUUUCUGGUAAAGUAUAUUCCGGAAAAAGAUGUGUCCUAAAUUGUUCAACAACAAGUAAUCUUUCGCAAAUUAUAUUUUGAUGACAUCGAAAUAACUCUGACCAAUCAUUAAUGGAUAUUGGUAAUGAAAAUCACUCGGUAUAACAAUGUUCGUGAUUAUCGGCGAUUGAACAAUCGAUACUAGAUACCAAUGAUGAAAUGUAAUAGUUUUACAAUCGAUGAUAAUCGUGUUUUGUUUGCUCUGCAUAUAUUUGAAGAUUUUUGUUAAUUUUAGACUGCUUUGAGAUUCUAAACCACGUUUCGUUUUAUAAGAAGCUCUUGAAAGAAGUUUCCCGCUGCUCUCUACCUUUGGUAAUAUAAAAACAAUACCCUCGAAAUAUAGCAUAAAGCAACGUACUUUUUUCACAAUAAUG